AUGUCUAGUGCACAAGAAGCAGCCAAUGCUUUACCGAGCAAUAUUAACACGUCUGCUCUACAAGGUGCUUUUAGUAAUCCUAUGCAAUUAAUGUCUAUGUUGGACAAAAAUGGAGAUGGAAAAAUUACAAAAGAAGAUCUAGAAUUGUUAUUAAAACAAUUCGGUAUUAAUGGAACGGCAGCAAAAGUAUUAGCAAAAUACUUAUUUAAACAAAUUGAUGCAAAUAAAAAUGGUAUAAUAGAGCCGAGUGAUUUAGUACAAGCAUCAGGAUUAUUAUUAAAUUUAUUUAAAUUAAAACAAGAGAGAUCUGAUUUUUAA